UUUCUUAUUCUUCUUGAACAUCAUACGGGUACUUUUUACGAAACUUACAGCGGUACACAUGAGUGAUCCUCACCGAUACAGGAUGCUGGCCCGCUCCACCCUGGUGCUGAUCCCGCUGUUCGGGGUCUACUACAUGAUCUCCGUCGUCAUGCCUGAGUGUAUGGACCCUGGGGUGGAGCUCAUCUGGCUCUAUGUGGAGAGUGGGGUCAACUCCUUCCAGGGUCUCAUUGUUGCAGUCUUGUUCUGCUUCGGAAAUGGCGAGGUCCAGCAUGAGAUUCGUAAGAAGUGGAACCGCCGCUGGGCGUUACGUCGACUGAGCACGCUCUCCACGCGCUCCACACGGACUCUGUCCCUGGGCUCCGCAGUGUUCGUCUGCGACAAACCAAAUCCCUCCGCCAUGUUCUCUGACGUCACAAUAAACGUCAACGUGGACGACAAGCAGUGCCGCUUGGAGUUGGACGAUGUGAAAAGUGGUGAUAAAGUGACCAAUAAUAAUAUUAUCGAUGACUCCCGUAAAGAGGGCGUCCGGAGCGAGGAGGAAAGUGACACGUUAUUGUGAACACCGUUAUAAUUUUUUGUGCAGCUA